AUGCUGCACGUGGAGAUGUUGACGCUGCUGUUUCUCGUGCUGUGGAUGUGUGUGUUCAGCCAGGACCCGGGCUCCAAGGCCGUCGCCGACCGCUACGCCGUCUACUGGAACAGCAGCAACCCCAGGUUCCAGAGGGGCGACUACCACAUUGACGUCUGCAUCAACGACUACCUGGAUGUCUUCUGCCCGCACUACGAGGACUCCGUCCCGGAAGACAAGACGGAGCGCUACGUCCUCUAUAUGGUGAACUUUGACGGCUACAGCGCCUGCGACCACACGUCCAAAGGGUUCAAGAGGUGGGAGUGCAACCGGCCCCACUCUCCCAAUGGGCCGCUCAAGUUCUCCGAGAAGUUCCAGCUCUUCACACCCUUUUCUCUGGGAUUCGAAUUCAGACCAGGCCGGGAAUACUUCUACAUCUCCUCUGCGAUCCCAGACAACGGAAGGCGGUCCUGUCUGAAGCUCAAGGUCUUCGUGCGGCCAACAAAUAGCUGUAUGAAAACUAUAGGUGUUCAUGAUCGUGUUUUCGAUGUUAACGACAAAGUAGAAAAUUCAUUAGAACCAGCAGAUGACACCGUCCACGAAUCCGCCGAGCCAUCCCGCGGCGAGAACGCCGCACAGACACCGAGGAUACCCAGCCGCCUGUUGGCGAUCCUGCUGUUCCUCCUGGCGAUGCUUUUGACAUUAUAG